AUGGAUGUGCAGAAGCCGAUGAAAAUGACACCAAACAGUGGUUCUGGAAUGAUACGGAGUAAGACAUUAUGUCCAAUGCAGAAAUUAUUGCUGCUAAUGAAGAAAUGCCAGAAAAUGAUGAAGGUAUUGACUUUGAAGAUUCCACCAUACAAGCCCCUAAUAUCACAUAAUGAGGGACUGGAGGUUGUAGAAACCACCAUACAAAAUUUUGAACAGCAAGGUGUGUCAGUCAUAGACUUACUGUUCCUUCGUCAUUUUCAUGAAGAACGCAAUUUUUAUUGCAGAGUUAAUUGCUCGUUUUACUUCAAAAUUGGAGCUUGUCGUCAUGGGGAUAGAUGCUCUCGCAUUCAUAACAAACCUACAUUCAGUCAAACUGUUCUUUUGCAGAAUUUAUAUCAUAACCCUCAGAAUUCAGCACAGUCUGCUGAUGGAUCACACUGCAAAUUUUUGACAAACUUAACUGAGGAAGAAGUUCAAGAACAUUUUGAUAAUUUCUUUGAAGAUGUUUUUGUUGAACUGGAAGAUAAAUAUGGUGAAAUUGAAGAAAUGAAUGUUUGUGAUAAUCUUGGGGACCAUCUUGUUGGAAAUGUUUAUGUUAAGUUCAGACGAGAAGAAGAUGCAGAAAAGGCUGUAGAAGAUUUGAAUAAAAGAUGGUUUGCUGGACGUCCCAUAUAUGCUGAAUUGUCACCUGUUACUGAUUUCCGUGAAGCGUGUUGUCGUCAGUAUGAAAUGGGUGAAUGUACAAGAAGUGGAUUUUGUAAUUUCAUGCAUUUGAAACCUAUUUCACGAGAGCUGAGACGUGAAUUAUAUGGACGUCAUCGAAGGCGCAGGUCACGCUCUAGGUCACCUCGUUCUCGAAGUCGGGAGCGCAAACGUUCUCGCAGUAGAGAUCGUAGACGCCGUUCGCGAAGUCGUGACAGAGAAAAGGAUAGAGAUAGGCGGGAGAGAGAAGGAAGAUUUUAGUUAUGUUGAUGUGUAUGAAAAUGAGGGAAAAAAGUAUAUGUUGUAGUUUUUGUAAUGAAGUGGGUAUUACUGUGUGUGAAUUUCAAAUAUUAAUGACAUUGUCAUUCAAUAAUAACAUGCCAUUUUUCUAUUGUACUUCAUUAUUUCACUUUAUUUUUCAUGUCAUUAAUUCAAUAAACUUUUCCCUUCUGUGUUGA